CAGAGAAUGCAGUUCCAAAUUGAAUGUGCUGUGAAGAAUAUUUGGUAAACAGUUAAAAUGAACGUUAUUCUUGUGCUAAGUGCAAUUUGUGGCUUUUUUGUGAUUUCGGUCCAGGCAAUCGGACCACUUGGCUCAUUCGGAGUCGGUGUUGGUGCGGCAAAAUGCGAACCAUCCAUUACGACAGCCAGUGGCACAUACGCAAUGCAUAAAGCGAGCGGUCAGUAUUGUUCCGGUGAUUUGAUUUUUGAAGAUGCUUUUGAUAUUUUCGAUACACGCAAAUGGCAACAUGAAAACACAUUGGCUGGCGGUGGUAAAUGGGAAUUCCAAUGGUACACAAAUAACCGAUCGAACUCAUUUUGUGAAGAAGGUUUCUUGCACUUGCGACCUACGUUAACAGCUGAUGUUUAUGGCGAGACAUUCUUGAGCUCGGGCACGGUGAAUCUUCAUGGUGGCUCUGAUGCUGAUCGAUGCACAAAUGAAGCAUUCUACGGAUGUGAACGCACUGGUUCUAUGCCAUUGAUCAUAAAUCCAAUUCGAAGUGCUAAAAUCCGAACGCACGACUCGUUUUCAUUCAAAUAUGGAAAAGUGGAAAUCAGCGCUAAGAUGCCAGGAGGCGAUUGGUUACUACCAGCCAUUUCGUUCUUGCCAAAGGACAAUGCGUACGGUGCUUGGCCAUCUUCGGGUGAGAUUGAUUUGGUUUUGUCGCGUGGAAAUCGAAAUUAUACGAAUGCCGAGAAACACAUUGGCGUCGAGCAAUUUGCCUCAAGCCUUCACUUUGGCCCAUUUGAAUCCCUCGAUCAGUAUCAGUCGGCAUUGUUUGUGCGAAAUUCAAAGCCAGGAAAUGGUUUUAACAACGAUUUUCAUCGAUACCAAAUGGAAUGGACACCAGACAAAAUCGUGUUCAGCGUUGAUGAUGUGGAAACGGGAUCGAUAAAAGCAGGUGCUGGUUUUUGGUCGCGUGGUGCAUACGAUGCAAUUGCACCGGGUGUGAUGAAUCCAUGGCGGUUGGCAACGACAAAUAUGGCGCCAUUCGAUCAAGAGUUCUAUUUGAUAAUGAAUUUGGCGGUGGGUGGUAGCCAGCAUUUCCCAGACGAUGCAGCCAAUUCAGCGAGCAAACCAUGGGCAAACGACUCACCAACGGCUGCCGCCGAUUUCUGGAAUGCACGCAACGCAUGGCUUGCAACUUGGAAUUUGGAGCAAAAUUUAUCGCGUGAUGCCUCACUCAUCGUCGAUUACGUUCGGGUUUGGGCACUCUAAUCUCCUAUUCGCCCAGAACACGGAAAGAAGAAACACCGUUUUGAUACAAUUACAAGAUUUAAAGAAGAGAAAUUUAUUCGAAAUGUGUGUAUUUUUUGCUUACUUCAAUAAAGCUGAAACUGAAACUGA